GAGAAAAGGACGUUCCUGAUUGAUAGGACAGUUUCGACCGAUAUAAACAAGUGUCUCCGUUGCUUCUACGACGCACGAGGGGACAACUUGAGGAUUCUGGGCAGAGAAUCCAAGGAUUUCAUCGUUGACCGUUCGAAAGAUUUGGUACUGGCUUCCUCCGAUGACUUCCGGUUCUCCUGCCGAGACAGCGGUGACGUUCGGGACAUUUCUGGGAAGUGAAGUGGCUUGUGCACGCUGCUGAAUAAAGGGACAAAGCGACUGUGAAGGCUACAAAAUGGACGUUUACGAGGACAUCGACUUCAACAAUCCCAACAGCCCAAACAUACAGAAACAAAUUCUGAAGAUAAAAGCGAGCCUGUGCCACGAAAAGAACGUUUCAGCGGCCGGCUGGUGUCCAGAAGUUUGGGAUAAAAUAUUGUGCUGGCCAUCAACGGCACCUGGAGAACUGGCCAUCCUGUCCUGUCCAUCCUAUAUCGCCGGAUUCGAUGUCCAGGCGAACGCGUCCAGGCAAUGCAUGUCAGAUGGCCAGUGGUUCUGGAAUAACGGCACGAAGGACAACUGGAGCAACUACACACAGUGUUACAGGGACCCUCUGGUCACCCUUCUCAUGGAGCUGCCUGGUGGUCAACAGAACAACGACACCCUCAUUAAGAAAUUCGUUCCCAUAGUGAAAACCAUCUCGAAAGUGGGAUACACGGUAUCUUUCUUCACUCUGGUCGUCGCUUUCUUUAUUCUGGCCGUUGUCAAGAAACUGCGGUGUCCACGGAACAUGCUACACAUGCACCUGUUCGCCUCGUUCAUGCUGCGCGCGUUCAUGGCGUUGAUGAAGGAUAUCCUAUUCGUCUCCGGGAUCGCUCUAGCCUCGGAUAUGAUGAUCAAAAACGGGAAGACGUACUGGCUGGUCGACGAGAAGGAGAGCAGCUGGCUGUGCAAGGUGUUUACCAGCUUCUGGCAGUACUUCAUCCUCGCCAACUACUUCUGGAUACUGAUGGAGGGCCUCUACUUGCAUAAUCUCGUGUUCCUGGCGCUCUUCACCGAUGUGAACUCGAGUAUAGCUGCCUACGUGUGCCUUGGAUGGGGUCUGCCAGCUAUUUUCGUUACCUGCUGGAUCGUGGCCAGAAUCACGCUUGAGAACACGUACUGCUGGACCACUCAUGAGAAUCCCUACCUGUUCCUCAUCAUUCGUGUGCCUACUAUGCUGUCCAUUUUGAUCAACUUCGUGCUGUUCGUCAAUAUCGUGAGGGUGUUGCUGUUAAAACUGAAGUCUACGGUUUCCGAGGAGACACAAAGAUACAAGAGAUGGGCGAAAAGCACUCUGGUCCUGGUGCCAUUGUUUGGCGUUCACUAUACCGUGUUCCUGGGCAUGUCCUACAGCAUUGGCGUGAAUGAGACUGUCGAGAUCGUGUGGCUCUUCUGCGACCAACUCUUCGCCUCCUUUCAGGGCUUCUUCGUAGCUGUCCUGUACUGCUUCCUGAACGGCGAGGUGAGAACCGAGGUGUCCAGGGCCAUCAGGAGCCAAAAAUUGCCGCGACUUCGAAGCAGAUGGGGCAACAAGCCAGCCGCACACUCCGGCAGCACUUGCAGUUGCAACGCGUCGAAACUUGGCAGACGUCCGAGGCGUUCACGCUGGUGGAAAGAGCCCUGGCUCUGUUUCCUUCACGAUAGGACAGCCAGACGCUCCACUCACUCGAUGGCGAGUACACAAGAUAUUGGUACGCGAGGAGGUAGUCUAGCGAGCAGCAGGGGCUAUUUGGAGAUCACUGGGAACGGGCAGAGCGCGCAUCCGGGCAGCCAGAGUCAACAAGCGAAUCACGCGUCGCCUCUCUACUGCAAAUACACGGACCAAUCGUUACUCUCCUUCUGCUCGAACGUCUCAGAAGUGACAGCGUGCACAGGAUCGAACGUCGACAGGGUGAGGGAACAGCAUCGUUGGAGCGACUCGGAAUGCUGCCACUUAGCGUACGAGCUGCACAACUUACACAACGUUCCCCCAUGAAUCGCCGCCAACUCCAACGCGACUUUUCCAACGGACACAACCUACGGUCCCUGGUUACUUAACUACCGAGAAACUCACGGGAUGGAAGUUCCGUGGAUUCGGCAAAAAUUCAUCGAACUCUACCGUAGAUUGUAACGCGACAGCACUGCUCGAAAAUCUCUGGGAUACC